GACGUCCCCCCCACGGCUCUUGUAGCCAUAGCAGCCGAACACGACAACGGUCGUAAACACACAACAACAAAAAACGGAUACCAGAAAUAUUUUUCUCACUGAAGAGAUCUUUACAAAGGAAUAUUACCUUUAGUUUUGUUGUUGUUUUGUUUUACCUGACAACGCCAACUGUACGUAAAAACUAGCUAAGGUCGCUAGCAGCGCCUAAAUUGUAUGCUAGCUAGUUUCGCUAACUAACGUUAGCUAGAUACAUUGUAUUGCUAGCUAGGUUAGCCUAGCUUGUUAACAUUGUCUAGCCGCUAUCUUUUGCAGUUUGUGAAAAAUACUAAACAUAAUAAUAGUUUACUAGUGUAGUUUAGCAAGGAAAUUUACCUGCUAAUGUUAUUAGCUAGUUCUAGCUAACGUUACAAGCUGGCCAAUAUUUUAUAUGGCUUUUAAAUAGUUAGGAUUUAAAAAAAAUCUUAACACUUUGUUCUAGCUAGCUAAUUUGUGUAGGUAGGUAAAGUAAACACAAUGAUAUAGUUAGAGAAACAACAAGUACACUCACUAGUACUAGCUGUGGCUAGUGUUUUUAGUUUGACAAUCCGACGAUGUCAAAGAAUGCCACUUUUAUUGGCCCCUAGGCCUAAACUCAUGCAGCUGUAUGGUGAUAAUGAGCUGAAAUGCCGAAUAGAGGCAUUUGAUCCAUUCAGAAUCGCUGCUACAUGAAUCUUUUCCGACAAUUAUCUGAGUUUGGACAGCAAUGUUUAGUCUGAUGGCGAAUUGUUGCAACUGGUUGAAACGCUGGCGGCAGCCCGCAAGGAAAAUAACACUGGUGAUGGUUGGACUUGACAACGCUGGGAAGACUGCUACAGUACGCGGGAUCCAGGGAGAGAGCCCAGAGGACGUGGCCCCUACGGUAGGGUUCUCCAAGGUGGAUCUGAAGCAGGGGAAGUUUGAGGUCACCAUCUUUGACCUGGGCGGAGGGAAGAGGAUCAGGGGCAUCUGGAAGAACUACUACAGUGAGUCGUACGGGGUGGUGUUCGUGGUGGACUCCAGUGAUGUUCAGAGGAUCCAGGAGACCAGGGACACCAUGGCUGAGGUCCUCCGACACCCUCGCAUCUCUGGGAAACCUGUCCUAGUAUUGGCUAACAAGCAGGAUCGGGACGGGGCAUUGGCUGAGGCAGACAUCAUUGAGAACCUGUCAUUGGAGAAGCUAGUGAACGAGAACAAGUGUCUCUGUCAGAUCGAGCCGUGUUCUGCUGUUCUGGGCUACGGUAAGAAGGGGGACAAGUCCAUCAGGAACGGACUCAACUGGCUGCUGAACAACAUCGCUAAAGACUACGAAGCCAUCUCUGAACGCGUCCGAAAGGACACGGCCGAACAGAGGGCUCAGGAGGAACAGGAGAAGAGAGAGAGACAGGAGAGAGUACGGAGGAUACGGGAGGAGAGAGACCGUCAGGAGAAAGAGGAGGCGGAGAGGGAGGGUCGGACACUGCAGGAGGAGGAGGAGGAGACCGACGACGCCACCGUACACAGCCCCUUCCAGCCAAUCGGCAACGUCAUCAAUGAGAAUGAAGACAAGCUGAAGAAGAGACCGACAGGAGGGCAGGUGGGUGGUGCCAACGAUGCUAGAGAAGGAGAGCAGGAAGAGGAGGAGGAGGAGGAGGAAGAGGACAGCGAGAGACAGACUCCAGAGAGCGGUGCAGCCUCAGUGGAGCGGACGAAGAAGAAGAUUAGUAAACUGAGACUGAAGAGGAAACACAGAGUGGACCCUCUGAGGACGGAGGAGACAGCAGCCCCCGAGAGCCCCACACCUCCACCACUACCUGUGGGAUGGGCUACUCCCAAAAUGUCUAGGCUUCCCAAGCUGGAGCCUCUUGGCGAUAGGAGUCGAUCCGAGUUCUUCGGCAAGCCCCUCCCUCCCGUGGCCAACCGUCAACAACAACCUAACAGCGACACUCAUGAUGUCAUAUCCUAGCCCCUCCCCUCCACUGGGCUCCUCCUUCCUUACCUGAUUGGUUUAUCCAUCCCCAAGCCCCACCUUCAAUUCAAACAACAUUAUUUGUCCUCUUCAGGCAUUUCUAUUAGGCUUUGACCUGACCCCUCACCCCCAAAAAAAUGACAGUUUCUUUGGUUUCUUUUCAAAGUACGUGCUGUGUAGAGGUCUACAGACUCCACCACCAGCCGAGAUGAUGCUCCCAAGACCAAGGAGCCACCAUCGGCCCCGAGCUCACAGGACUACGAUGGUGGAGCGGACUGUCCAACCCUGGAGAGAGACUGGGUGGGCCCUGGAGAGAGACGGAAGAUGACUGGGUGGGCCCUGGAGAGAGAGGGAGGAUAACUGGGUGGGCCCUGGAGAGAGACUGGGUGGGGAUGACUGGGUGGGCCCUGGAGAGAGACUGGGUGGGCCCUGGAGAGAGAUGGAGGAUGACUGGGUGGGCCUUGGAGAGAGGCGGAGGAUGACUAGAUGGGCCCUGAGAGAGGGAGGAUGACUGGGUGGGCCCUGAGAGACUGGGUGGGGAUGACUAGGUGGGCCCUGAGAGAGACUGGGUGGGGAUGACUAGGUGGGCCCUGAGAGGGAGGAUGACUGGACUGGGCCCUGAGAGAGAGACUGAGGGUGACUAGGUGGGGAUGACUAGGUGGGCCCUGAGAGGGAGGAUGACUGGAUGGGCCCUGAGAGAGAGACUGAGGGUGACUAGGUGGGGAUGACUAGGUGGGCC